CACCCCUUUCUGAACAGACACAAAAGGAACGGAAACAUUGUGAUUUCAUUCUGUUCCUGAGACAAGAUGGAUCUGCGAGUCUCUGUCGUUCUUCUUUUCUUUUUUCUCACUGGAGGAUAUUCUCUCCAGUGUUAUGUGUGCAAACCUGAUUUGACGGGUUCCUGUGAAAUAAAAGUGGAGACAUGUCCAGAUGAUUGUUCUUUAUGUUCAUCAUGUUCAGUGACUCUAUCAAAUGGUUACAAAAACUUGACCUUCACAAUUAAAGGGUGUGCAAAUAAAUGUCAAGAUGCGAAAGUACGGACACCAGAUGGUAUAUCAAUGGAUGUCACCUGCUGUAAGAGUGACUUUUGCAAUGCAGCCAGUGCAGCAGAUGGAGUGUUUAAGGGAAGCUUCCUCCUGCUCUUCUCUCCUCUGCUCUUCUACUUCCUGUUUCAGUGAGUCCAGAUUCAAGACUUCAGAUUCUACAGUGAAGACCAGCGAAUAUGAGACACAAUCUUUCAUACAAAGAAAAUGAGAUCCUUGAGAAAGUAUAAGAUUACACAAGAGUGUGUAAACACACUUAUAAAUAAAUCAUGAAAAUGUGAUUGUGGUUGUUCAUCUAGUAGAUUAACCAAUCAAAUGUCUGAAAUUCUUAGAAGCAAUAUGACUGUCAUGGUUUUUCUGUUUUGAUUUUGUUUUCAAGGUCUUUUAUUUUUCUUUCUAUUUGUUUCUUGUUUCCUGAGUUUGUAUAAUAACUAAUGAUUUUUACAGUGGAAAUUAAUAACUUUUCUUUCUAGAGCUGCUGUACAGUCAAAACAAUCUCUGUUCCAGUAAUUUCCUAUUAUCACUGUAAAGCUGCUUUGAAACAAUCUGUAUUGUAAAAAGCACUUUAUAAAUGAAGGUGAUUAAACGUCAUUUUGUUCA